AUGGCUUCUGUCCAGCAUAACCCUGGCCCGGCAGGCCUGUCGCAGAUGAGCCAGGCCCACGUUCAAGAGAUGUUCGCCAAGUUCCAGCAGAUGAAGAAGCAAGGCAUUCCCCAUAAUGAUCCCGAGUUUAUCAAAACGAGCCAAUUCCUCGUCAAGUUCCAGCAGCAACAAGCACUGCGGCAACAGCAUCACCAGCAGCAGCAGCAGCAGAUGCGAAAUGCCCAUAAUGCAGAUGUUAAUGGGACACAACCUGGUCAACAACCCAACACCUCGCAGACCAGUCAGCCACCUUCAACCUCAGCUUUAAGUGCAUCUGCGCUGCCACCUACAUCGGCCUCGGCAGCUCAGGCGGGCACGUCGUCGCCUUCAACUGCCUCCCCAAUGAAUCAGUUCUCUACGCAGCAGCUUGCAUUGCUUAGACAACAGAUCCAGGCCUUCAAGUUGCUGGGUAAGAAUGCAGGUGUGCCGUACCAGAUGCAACUGGCGCUGAACGCUCAACGCCAGCGAAGACAAGCAGUUGCCGAGCAGUCAACCCAGCCUCCGGCUGCCGACGCCGCUAAAGCGUCAACCCCGGACACGACGAAGGCUGGUUCUACCCAACCCGACGGAGAGGCAACGUCUGAAAAUGAGGCUGCUCCGAAGGUCAAGACCUACAAGACUAUGAAGUCUCCAUACGAGAAUGGUCUUAUAUGCAAGGACAUCAACUACUACGAUCAUGGCGAUCGUAAACACCGCCUUGUCAUCCCCAGCUUAUUCCCGACUGGCGUCGAUUUCGAACAGCUGAGGCAUGAGCGCGAAAUCAUUGUCAUCAACCGCAUGAAAGCUAGAUACGCCGAGCUUAAAAGUGUACCUGGUAAUAUCGCACACUGGGAUACCAUCAAGGAAACUCUUGCGCCUGAUGACAGCCUGAAGCGCAAGGCCGUCAUAGAGCUCAAGUCUCUUGGGCUGUAUUCUAAGCAGCGAGCGCUGCGUGAGAAGAUUGGGCGCCAGAUGAUGCAUUAUGACAACCUGGCCAUGACGACAAACCGCAGCCAAUAUCGUCGCAUCAAGAAGCAGAGCGUUCGGGAAGCUCGCAUCACGGAGAAGCUCGAGAAGCAGCAGCGCGAUGCCCGCGAGCACCGAGAGAAGAAGAAGCACAUCGACUUCCUUCAAUCUGUGCACCACCACAAGUCCGAGAUCCACAACACGGCAUCCGCUGUUAGGAACAAGAUGUCCAAGAUUGGCAAGGCCAUGUACGCACAUCACUUCAAUAUUGAGAAGGAAGAACAGAAGCGUGUCGAGCGUACGGCGAAGCAACGUCUCCAGGCACUUAAGGCCGAUGACGAAGAAGCUUACCUCAAGCUGCUUGACCAGGCGAAGGAUACUCGUAUCACACACUUGCUCAAGCAGACCGAUGGUUUCUUGCACCAGCUUGCUUCUUCCGUCAAGGCGCAACAGCGACAAGCUGCAGAGCACUACGGUGAUGAAGCCGGAGAGUUGCCUGAAGAAGAGCCGGAGAUGGAAGAUGAGGAUGUUGGUCGCAAGGUCGAUUACUACGCUAUAGCCCAUCGCGUCAGGGAAGAGGUCACGGAACAGGCCAACAUCCUUGUCGGAGGUACUCUCAAGGAAUACCAGAUCAAGGGCUUGCAAUGGAUGAUCUCCCUUUACAAUAACAACCUCAACGGUAUACUGGCCGAUGAAAUGGGUCUCGGCAAAACCAUCCAGACUAUCAGCUUGAUCACGUACCUGAUCGAGCGCAAGAUGCAGCAAGGCCCGUACCUUGUCAUCGUCCCCCUGAGUACGCUGACCAAUUGGAAUCUCGAAUUCGAGAAGUGGGCUCCAUCCCUCUCCCGGAUCGUUUACAAGGGGCCACCCAACACCCGAAAGCUGCAGCAGGAGAGCAUCCGCCAAGGCAGAUUCCAGGUCUUGCUGACAACGUACGAAUACAUCAUCAAGGACCGUCCGAUCCUGAGCAAGAUCAAGUGGUUCCACAUGAUCAUCGACGAAGGCCACCGUAUGAAGAACGCCAACUCCAAGCUGAGUGCGACCAUCUCCCAGCACUACAGCACUCGCUUCCGCCUCAUCCUUACUGGAACGCCGCUGCAGAACAAUCUUACUGAACUGUGGGCCAUGCUCAAUUUCGUCCUUCCAAACAUCUUCAAGUCUGUGAAGACAUUCGAUGAGUGGUUCAACACCCCGUUCGCAAAUACCGGCGGGCAAGACAAGAUGGAGCUGAACGAAGAAGAGCAAAUCCUUGUCAUUCGCCGCUUGCACAAGGUUCUGCGACCAUUCUUGCUCCGUCGUCUCAAGAGAGACGUGGAGAAGGACCUGCCUGACAAGACGGAAAAGGUCAUCAAGUGCAAAUUCUCGGCGCUCCAAUCUCGUCUCUACAAGCAAAUGGUCACUCACCAGAAGAUUGCUGUCAGCGACGGGAAGGGCGGCAAGACCGCACAAAAGGGUCUGAGCAACAUGAUCAUGCAACUGCGGAAACUCUGCAAUCACCCUUUCGUCUUCGAUGAAGUGGAGAACCAGAUGAACCCGUUGAAUACCAGCAAUGACCUUCUCUGGCGUUCGGCUGGCAAAUUCGAACUUCUAGAUCGCAUCCUGCCGAAGUACAGAGCUACCGGUCACCGUGUGCUCAUGUUCUUCCAGAUGACGGCCAUCAUGGACAUCAUGGAAGACUUUCUCCGAUACCGAGGAAUCAUGUACAUGCGUCUGGACGGUGCGACCAAGUCGGAAGACCGUUCCGACCUGUUGAAACACUUCAACGCCCCUGAUUCGCCGUAUUUCAUGUUUUUACUGUCCACCCGCGCAGGUGGCCUGGGUCUGAACUUGCAAACAGCUGACACCGUCAUCAUCUAUGACUCGGAUUGGAAUCCCCAUCAAGAUUUGCAGGCGCAGGAUCGUGCGCAUCGUAUCGGACAAAAGAAUGAAGUGCGCAUCUUACGUCUCAUCAGCUCCAACUCAGUUGAAGAGAAGAUCCUUGAACGGGCCAGAUACAAGCUUGACAUGGACGGAAAGGUCAUUCAAGCUGGACGUUUCGACAACAAGUCAUCGGAAACCGACCGUGAUGCCAUGCUUCGAACACUGCUAGAGACGGCGGAAAUGGCAGAAACUGGCGAUCAAGACGAGAUGGACGAUGAGGAGUUGAACAUGCUCCUUGCUCGAAGCGACGAUGAGGUUGCUGUUUUCCAGAAAAUGGACGAGGAACGAGCCAAGGAUCCUCUUUAUGGCACUGCUCCGGGCUCGAAACACGCGCCACGGCUUAUGGUGGAUAGUGAGCUUCCAGAGAUCUAUAUCUCAGAAGGGAACCCAAAUCCGGAGGAGGUGGAAGAGACCCUGGGCCGUGGUGCCCGUGAGCGUACUCGAGUCAAAUACGACGAUGGUCUUACUGAGGAGCAGUGGCUUGAUGCUGUAGACAAUGAUGACGACUCACCAGAGGCGGCUGCUGCACGGAAACAAGCCAGGAAGGACAGACGAGAGACGAACCGCGUCAAAAGACUCACAGGGGGGAUUGCGUCUAGCGUCAAUUCUCCAAGUGCCAGCCGUGCAAGCUCUGAGGAGGUCGAGUCGCCACCCAAGAAACGUGGCCGCAAACCGGGCAGCAAGAACGAGAAGCGCAAAGCGGAAGAUGACGUUGCUGAGCCACCUGCCAAGAAGCGACGUGGGCCACAGGGACGCUCCAAAGCAAUGGCCGGGAACGGCAUCGAAUCACGCGUGCCCCCAGAGGUACGGCCAGUCCUUCAAAGAAGCCUGCGCAAUAUCUACGACGGCUUGAUGGGUCUGGAAGCCGACAUUCCUCCUGAUGAGCAGGUUGAUGACGAUGAUGACGAGGAACCCGCCAAGCGCCUCAUCAUUGGACCUUUCGUCAAGCUGCCAUCCAAGCGGGACUACGGUGACUACUACAUGCUCAUCAAGAACCCGAUCUGUAUGAACCAGAUACAGGCGAAGAUCAAGAAGGAGGAGUACGGCAGCAUCAACGACAUGCGCAGGGACAUCGUGCUGAUGUGCAAUAACUGCAAGACGUACAAUGAAGACGGCAGUCUUCUUUAUUCAGAUGCGAUAUUCAUGGAGAAAUUCUUCAAUGACAGGGCGCAAGCAGAGAUCAACGAGCACCCGGAACUAGGCGAUCUCGACGAUCCCUCUGCCAAGGACAGCUCGGCCGCCCCUACAACCAGUGCAGGCACACCUCAGCCGUACCCAAACACCACGAGGAUAAGACUGGUAACUAACGGUGCCAGUCAAGUCAACGGAGGCGCUAGUGGUGCUCAGACUGAUGGAGAGUAA